GCGUCAUUCUUACGUUUUUUUUUUUCUUCUAUAAGUUUCACAGCGAAGCUUAGUUAGAAAAAAAAAAAAAGACUUUUGAAAGCAAUCAAAUUUAAUCUUUCAACGACACUUUCUUCAACUAACACUAAGUUGUUGUUGUUGCUCUUUCUUCUCAUUCCCCUUAGAUCUCUUUCUUUUUUUAACUUGAGAGUCUUAUCCCUUUGGAUUUUUAUUCGAUUUUGAUUUCGAUUCCUCUGUUUCCAUCUGCUCUGAUCUGGGUUUUUCCUCUUCCUACUAACUUUACAUUGUUUGGGUUUUAGAAACUGGUGGAGUUAGAUCGAUUCAAAAACCCUCCCCCAAGAUAAGAUUUUAAUAAAUAAAUAAAAAGAGAAAGCUUUUACAGGUCUUUUUUGGGUUUUCUUGUCUCAUUCUGACCAAUGGGUUCACAGGUUUCUUGUCUAGUUGCUUAAUGCCUUUUGGUUAGGUGGAGUUGAAUUGAGUUAUGAGAAGAGGUAGAGGAAAAGGCAAGAGGCAGAGCGCUUCUGCUAGAGAAGAUCGAGGAAGCGGCGAGGAAGAGAAGAUUCCAGCUUACAGGAGAAGAGGGAGGCCACAGAAGCCGGUGAAAGAUGAAAUCGAGGGAGAAGAGGAAGAAGAGCUAGUGAAGAAGAAGACAGAAGAGGAAGAAGAAGAGAAGGAUGAUGGUUCAGUAACAAGUAAAGAAGAUGUGACAGGGAAUGGGAGGAAGAGGAAGAAACCAGUAGAGUCUAAAGAGAGCAAUCUAACCGAAGAAGAGAAUGCUAUAGGAUCCAAAUCAAGCACAGAUGAUUCGACGAAAUCAUCCUUGUCUAUUGGGUUUAGGCAGAAUGGGAGCAGAAGGAAGAACAAACCAAGACGAGCUGCUGAAGCUGUUUUUGAAUGUAAUGGGGUUUGAAAACGCUCUUGAAACCACCUUUUUUGGUGUUCUUUGUUUGGUUACACCUUUGCUGUUAGAAACCCAAGUUUAAUGCGGGGUGCAUUUUGGUUUUCACUACAUGGAAUCAAAAUUUCGAUUUUUAGGACA